GCGCGGGAGCGGCGGGCGCGCUUCGUGGGCAAGAACGGUGCCUGCAACGUGGCCCAUAAAAAUAUCCGGGAGCAGGGACGCUUCCUCCAGGAUGUCUUCACUACCCUGGUGGACCUCAAGUGGCCCCACACGCUGCUCAUCUUCACCAUGUCCUUCCUCUGCAGCUGGCUGCUCUUCGGCAUGGUUUGGUGGCUCAUCGCCUUCGCCCACGGAGACCUGGACCACAGCACCCGGCUGCAGCGCGGCCCCGCAGAGGAGGCGGCGGGGGACCCCGACACCUUUGUGCCCUGCGUGACCAGCAUCCACUCCUUCACCUCCGCCUUCCUCUUCUCCAUCGAGGUGCAGGUGACAAUUGGCUUCGGGGGACGCAUGGUGACGGAGGAGUGUCCGGCUGCCAUCCUGGUGCUGAUCGUGCAGAACAUUGUGGGGCUGGUGAUCAACGCCAUCAUGCUGGGCUGCAUCUUCAUGAAGACUUCGCAGGCCCACCGCCGGGCCGAAACCCUCAUCUUCAGCAAGCACGCGGUCAUUGCCCUGCGGGAGGGCAAGCUCUGCUUCAUGCUGCGGGUGGGUGACCUCCGGAAGAGCAUGAUCAUCAGCGCCACCAUCCGCAUGCAGGUGGUGAAGAAGACCGCCAGCCUGGAGGGGGAGGUGGUGCCCCUCAACCAGAUUGACAUCCAGAUGGAGAACCCUGUGGGGGGCAACAGCAUCUUCCUUGUCUCCCCACUCAUCAUCUACCACGUGAUAGACAAGAACAGCCCCCUCUACGACAUCUCCCCCCUGAACCUUCACCACCAUGAGGACCUGGAGAUCAUUGUCAUCUUGGAAGGGGUGGUGGAGACCACUGGCAUCACCACUCAAGCCAGAACCUCUUACCUGGCAGAUGAAAUCCUCUGGGGCCAAAGGUUUGUGCCCAUCGUGGCAGAGGAAGAUGGGCGAUACUCUGUGGACUACUCUAAAUUUGGCAACACGGUGAAAGUGCCCACCCCUUCCUGCACUGCCAGGCAGCUGGAGGAGGACAAGAGCAUUAUGGACACCAUGCCAUUGUCCCCUAAAGGCACAAUAAGGAAGAGGUCUGUCAAGCUAAAGCCCAAGUUUACCAUAAACGAUGAGCCUUCCUGAUGCCUUUUGACUGACUGGGAAACUCUGUUAGGACUUUAAUGUCUGAAAGAUCUCAUAAACUCAAAACACUGAGGUGGCCUCUUACUUUUUUUUUUUAAAUUCAGGUUGGUAGCACAAGGUAUGUUCUGGUGUUAUUUAUUGUGGGAUAAAUCUAAAGCUAAUUAUAUUUUUUUAACCGUGUGAGAGAUUUCAAGCAACACUGGGAGUAGGAAAAUACGGUCUGCAGCUUUAAAUUUCAAUUCAGACUGUCCUAUUUAAUUGCACGAUUUUUUUGCAUUGAUUCAUCUGCAGGUAAUGACAUUUUCUCAAAAAAAAAAUAUAUAUUUAUCCUCAGAGAUUGCAGUACUUAAGGUCUUGCAGUGCCCUAAAGUCAGUAGGUUUUAACUGGUUUUUUCUAACUUGAACAAUCAAUAUAGCAAAAUAAAAUAUUAAUUAUUAAUAAAGUAGGCUGGAUUUAAAUGAUAACAAAAAAGUCAGGCAAUGUUAUGUAUGACCCAAGACCAAAUCUGGAAGUGUCUAUGUACUAUACUCUAUAUAUACAGAGUAUAUUAUACUCUAUAUUUGAUAGAAAUUAACUGCCAGAUUUGUUUCAUCCAUAUUGUAUUGUAUGGAGCCACUCCUACCACAUACAAUAUGAAAUGCAUUUGAAUAUUUACUUUUGUUUAUUUUAAAACCCUUUACACUUCUGAAAUAAAACAUUCAGGAAUGUU